AUGAACUGUGGGGCAAAGCCAAAGAAACUGUGGGUCACUGGACAUGCAGUCCAGGGUACACUGGACGCCAGGUUACAAACAAGACUCACCCCCUCCCUCAACUUGGCACGUGUGAGAGGAACCUCCUCCCCUCUCCAGGCUGCUUCCCGGACGCGGACCCCGAGCGUCCCGCAGACGGGAGGGCGGGCGGCUGCGGACGCCCGGCAGGCAGCUCGCAGCAUGGAUUCGGAUUCCGGCGAGCAGAGCGAGGGCGAGCCCGUGACCGCCGCAGGUCCUGAUGUUUUUAGUUCAAAGAGCCUUGCCCUUCAAGCUCAGAAGAAGAUCCUGAGCAAAAUAGCCAGCAAAACUAUGGCAAACAUGUUGAUCGAUGACACCAGCAGUGAGAUCUUUGAUGAGCUCUACAAAGUCACUAAAGAGCACACCCACAGCAAGAAGGAAGCCCACAAGAUCAUGAAAGACUUGAUCAAGGUGGCAAUCAAAAUUGGAAUCCUCUACCGGCACAACCAGUUCAGCCAGGAGGAGGUUGUUAUAGUGGAGAAGCUCAGGAAGAAGCUGAACCAGACGGCCAUGACGAUCGUCAGCUUCUAUGAGGUGGAGUACACCUUUGAUAGGAACGUGCUCUCCAAGCUUCUGCAUGAGUGCAAGGACCUGGUGCAUGAACUGGUGCAGCGACACCUGACACCCAGGACCCAUGGGCGCAUCAACCACGUCUUCAACCACUUUGCCGAUGUGGAGUUCCUCUCUACCCUUUACAGUCUGGAUGGAGACUGUAGGCCCAACCUCAAGAGAAUUUGUGAAGGAAUCAAUAAAUUGCUAGAUGAGAAAGUCCUCUGAAUGCCUUCUCUACUCCUGGACUUUGCUGAGUUCCAGUUCUAGUACCCAAUGUGGUCCAGGUUAGAAAAAAGAAACCCGGAAACCCUUGUCGAAGACGCCCAUGUUCUGUCCUAUUCGCCCAUCUGAUAUUGAUGCCAGAUUGCACUCAGGUGUGUUUAUCCCCUGAGCUCACUGAUGAGGUCUGUUCUUCA